AUGAACUUUGAUUACUCGCUUGAAGCUUCUUUCGUCUCUGCUCGCAAAAAGUCCGAUGCUACACAGUCGCUGGCUUCUACAGAGAAAAAGGUUGAGUAUCCCAAAUUAGACUUGAACGAUAUCACGCGAGAGUACGAGAGAUAUAAACGGAAGCUCUCGGAUGAGAGAUUGAUGGAUUUACGUGAGAUGCUCCAACUGUGA